AUGUCUGUCAUCCGCUGCCAACACAUUCCCUCCUGUCUGUGUGUCUGCCUAGCUCCUUCUGUCAAUUUGUCCAGUUAUUUAUCUGUCUCAUUGUUCGUGCCUGUCAUCCCCGUCAACACAUUCCCCCUGUUCAUACCUGUCAUCCCCGUCAACACAUUCCCCCUGUUCAUGCCUGUCAUCCCCGUCAACACAUUCCCCCUGUUCAUGCCUGUCAUCCCCGUCAACACAUUCCCCCUGUUCAUGCCUGUCAUCCCCGUCAACACAUUCCCCCUGUUGAUGCCUGUCAUCCCCGUCAACACAUUCCCCCUGUUCAUGCCUGUCAUCCCCGUCAACACAUCCCCCCUGUUCAUGCCUGUCAUCCCCGUCAACACAUUCCCCCUGUUCAUGCCUGUCAUCCCCGUCAACACAUUCCCCUGUUCAUACCUGUCAUCCCCGUCAACACAUCCCCCCCUGUUCAUGCCUGUCAUCCCCGUCAACACAUUCCCCCUGUUCAUGCCUGUCAUCCCCGUCAACACAUUCCCCCUGUUCAUGCCUGUCAUCCCCGUCAACACAUUCCCCCUGUUGAUGCCUGUCAUCCCCGUCAACACAUUCCCCCUGUUCAUGCCUGUCAUCCCCGUCAACACAUUCCCCCUGUUCAUGCCUGUCAUCCCCGUCAACACAUUCCCCCUGUUCAUGCCUGUCAUCCCCGUCAACACAUUCCCCCUGUUCAUGUCUGUCAUCCCCGUCAACACAUUCCCCCUGUUCAUGCCUGUCAUCCCCGUCAACACAUCCCCCCCUGUUCAUGCUGUAGUGUUUUGGACUGCUGUACCCAACAGCUGUUCCAAGGACGUCCAUAACUGCGACGUGAAGGAGGUGCCGCGGUCGGAUGUGAUGUGCUCUGGAACGCCGAAUCUGGCGAUCCAUCCAGAGAGCAGGGCUGCGGUGCAGGAGGCUGAUGUGGCGUCGGGCAUUGGGACGGCUUCAGGCCAUUUGAUAGAGCGGUCCACGACGGUGAAAAGAUAA